AUGGAGGGCAAGAUCCCGGCCGAUGACGACGGGGACCCCUUUGAGGAGGAGGCAGCUGCUGAGCCGCCAGAGGGUGACCAUGACGAGCCAAUAGCCGAGGUUGAAGAGGAUGAAGAGCAGCGGGCAAGGAACGACAGGUUCAAGGCCUUGUUCCAAGAGAUUGGGGAUGACAUUGAUUUUCAGACCCUGCACUUUGCGGUGCCCUUGCGGACACGGACUUCGGAGGAGGUGUUGAAGGCGGUGCGCCGCAUUUACCUCCUUCUUCGGAGGGAUGGCUUGGCACUGAAUCGUCUGCACAGUGAUCGAGCUCGAGAGUUUACUUCGCCUCCAAUCAGGGCAUGGGCGGCCGCAAGGGACAUCUUUGCAACGACCUCAGACAUUGCUCAGGGCAGCUUCUUUGCCUCGCUCUUCGUGGCCUGCUGCUAUGACCUUUGCCUCCGAGUACCAGAGACGAGCAAGACCACCUUGAGACCGAUGGCAGCGGUCACUCCGGCUUCCAACGCCAUGGAAGAUCUGGCUCGGGCACUCUUCGAUGAGGAGAAGUUUGCGGUUGAGGACCUGCUACGCUUCUGGGAGGAGGCGAGCGCCAAUGCCUUUCCCAAGGGAAGGCAGUGCUUCCAUGGUGUGAACCCGAGGUACAUAGCUUUUGGGCAGUACACGCACGGCAUGCUCAGUGGCUUGAUGUCCUCUACAUAUAGGUACCCCUACACGGUUCAGUGCCUCACCCGUUGCUUUGAGGAGAUUUGCCCGUACGACAAGUUUGCCACGCUUACUGUGUCUGAGGAUGUUGGGAUGGCUUGUCAUCGUGAUGUUCACAAUGAGAGCGACUCCUACAAUGUUGUGCUGCCGCUUCUUGAUUGUGAUGGUGGUGGUCUGUGGAUUGAGUCCGAGCCAAAUCAGUUUUCCUUGGACGAUGAAUGGCGGCCCAUCCCCAAUGGUGAGUGGCGGCGUGGUCAAGUGCAUCAGUUGAGGGCGGGACGACGUAUCGUCCUGAUUGGCUACACCCCCCGCAUGGGUGCGCUGCAGAAGGAGACCUACGACGACCUCCUGGAGGACCUCAUUGACCGUUUUCAAGAACGGGCCCAACAUCUGCGAGAGCUUCUCGCUGAGGAGGAGGUCAUUGCGGCGGAGUUUGCCCAAAUUGGCAGCAUGGCCCGAGAGGAAGUUGAUGAGGCGAAUGCUGUUAUUCAGGAUAUGCUCCGAGAUGUGCAGCGUGGACUCGAUAGCGCUGUUGAAGCUGCGGAUGCCAGGUUCCUGAAGAUGGCAGGGUCCCCUGAGAAUCUUUUGGAGGAUGUGGGCGACAUUGAGAAGUACUUGUCCGAGUUGCCUGGUGACUUAGGUACAACCCUCACAGUGCCUUUGGAGCAAGUCAAGGAGAACCUGCCCACAUGGACCCCAGCCAUCUCUAAGGAAAUUCACAACGUGGAGGAGGCUACACAAGCUCUCAAGCGCAUCCCCAUGCAUCGUGCUAAGGCUCUGGAACGAGAAGGACGCCUCAAGCUGGUGCCCGGCAAGCUUGUGUUCACUGUCAAACCUCCAGCUGAACCUUCGAGAGGUGUUCCAGGAGCUCCCCGCUGGAAGAGAAAAGCGAGGCUAGUGAUUUGUGGCAAUUUCAUUGAUCCGGAUGCUAGCAUGAACCUGUUUGCCACGGGUGCCUCCGCUGAAAGUUUGCGUGUGGCGUUGCGCUUGGCUUCCAAGGCUUGUUGGUCGGCAGGGUGCACGGACAUCACAGGAGCCUUCUUGCUUGCGAUUUGGCCAGCGGACAAACCUACGUACGGAGUUUUGGCUCCGCGUGUCUUGGUGCAGGCGGGACUUGCCCGAGAUGACGAAGUUUUCCUGGUCUGCAGGCCACUUUACGGCCUUCGUGAAGCACCGGCCCUCUGGGCACAGUUCCGCUCGGAGAAGCUCGCGGCCUUGAAGGUCCCUUUCCGUGAAGGAUUCUUGGUCUUGAGGUCUGUGAUCACGGACAGUGAGUUGUGGCGGAUCAUGUUCAUGGAUGCGGAGGGCGAGCUCACCCUGUGCGGCUUGUUGGUCACAUACGUAGACGACCUGCUUUACCUGUGCUUGAAGUGCGUCAUGGAGGCUCUGCAUCGGGCUGUUAAGGAGAUGUGGCCGUGCUCUGCGUUGGAGUUUGCUGCGCAGGGGGAAGGAGUCAGGUACUUGGGCAUGGAGCUUUAUGAACGGGAUCAUGGGUUCCUUCUUGGCCAGGCAGGGUACAUCGAGACCCUUCUCAAAAGUCAUGGCAUGUCUCCAGAAGCAAGGGCCCAACUCCCGUGCCCAAAGGAGUGGCUUGGGGACGAGGAUGCCGAUGCCGAGGUGGAAAACUUCUCUGAGACGGAGUUGCGACAAGGACAACGUGUAGUAGGCGAGUGUCUCUGGCUCGCCUUCCGCACGAGACCAGAUCUAGUCUUUGUCACGAAUUAUAUGGCCUCGCUAGUAUCGAAACGACCUUGUUUCGUUUAUCGCAUUGGCCUCAAGGUCUUGUCCUACCUGAACGCCACCUCAACGCUGCAGCUUCGAGUUGAUGGUCGCAGCAGCACGGAUAGCCUCAGCAGCCUGGAACAUAGCUUGCCUGAGCUGAAUCAGCGUAAGGUCAUGAGUUUGGUGACUUUGACUGUUGUUCUCUGUGCGAUGUUGGCUGUGCAGUCCUUAGCGGUGGAGGCUAAGAAGGCCACGGAGAAAGAGCCGCUGGAAGUGGCGGGUGCUUGGGAGCUUUCCUUCUUGCUUAUGCUGUCAUGUUUCGCGGCGGUGGUCUGCUGGGAGAUCUUGAAGGUUGUGCGCUCCUGGUGUGCUCGACGGCUAUUUCAAUCCGAGAGGAGUCGUAACCUCCAAAGGCUGCGCGACUUGGCGCGCCUGGCAGCGGAGGCCGAGAUCGACAGGCGUUGGUCUGGGGCCUCGGAGACCGCCAGUCAACUUGUUCAUGAGCGUGUUCAACAGGUUGUGGAUCGAGCUUUGGGCGGGGCACAAGCGCAAUCACGAGGUGUACAAACCGACAUCUCCACGACUGUGAGGGACGUGAGCCCUCCUAGAGCCUCUCGCGAGAUCCCGCCUCAGCCUUCGCCAGCUUCGAGCGUCCAGAGUGUGCCAAGCGAGGUGUCGUCGGUUCAGGACGAAGUGCUGCGACAAAGUGACAGGGGACGGCUCUGUAGAGACAUGGUCAUGUUGAUGACUGUGGACAACAUCAAGCAGG